AAAAAAGACCACCAUUGCUAAAAAGCUGGGUAAACAUCUGAACCCAUGGAAGAAUUAAGCGGUAAGAAAGGAAGCAGUGCCGCUCCGGCACCGAACACGGUUUCAACCAUGCCCGGUGCAUCGCCGCCCCCAACAGCGGCUCCGAUAGGAUCGUCGAUCGCAUCCCGACGAUCCUCUCAAUCGUCGUUCUCAUCGACAUCGCCGACUCUUAUCGCGGCCUCCCCUCCGCGUACCCCUCCGAUACCCGUCACAGCCCCGCCGUCAUCCCUCACGUCUAGCAGGGAUGAGAAUCAGCCGCGGUCCAGCCUCAUGGGCAGUGACUUAUCAGACUCGAUCACGAGAGGGGCUCAGGAACGAUGGCUAUCCGAGCCCAACAAGGCGUACUACCAGGACGGGUGGUGCAUGAGCCAAGCGGUGACCGAGCUGAUGCCUCCAAAAUAUAGCUUCAAAGCUUCAGCUAGAUCGGCCCCUAGGAGAACAGAAGGAGAAGGAGUAUGAGCCAGGUAUGGGACGUGGCGAAGAGGGACGUGAACGAGAGAGAGAGAGAGAGAGAGAGGGAGGAGGGUGAACCACAAGAAGAUCG